UUCCUGUGCUGUCGUUGUGCCGCCAGGUGUGUGUGUGAGUAAUGUUUAUGCACAGAACGGCGCGAAUUGUGGUGUUGCCGAUUUGCACACAUCCUGCCUGACUAAAGCGGCCUCGAAAUGGGAGUUACAGGGCUCUGGAAGUUAAUCGAACAGUCCGGCAAGCCGGUUCCACUAGACACACUCGAGAACAAAGUGUUAGCCGUAGAUAUUUCGAUUUGGUUGCACCAGGUGGUGAAAGGAUUUCAGGACUCGAAGGGCAGCGCAUUGCCGAACGCUCACGUGCUCGGUCUGUUCCAUCGGCUGUGCAAGCUGAUGUACUAUCGCAUCAAACCGAUAUUCGUGUUCGACGGCGGUGCUCCACUGCUAAAGAAACAAACGAUCGCCAAGCGUCAACAGAGCAAAAACAACUAUCAGAAUGAAGCUGACCGCAUACAGCAGCUGCUGCUGGAAACGCUCGCCAAGGAAAAGGUCGUCCAGCAGGCGCUCGGUUCGGCCACCAACAUUCUCAUCUCGCCCUCCAAGAAAGCAAUCACGAACGGUGGUCCCAGCACCAGCAAGCAGGCCGACCGUGAAGAGGAACCGGACGCAAUGUUUAAGCUUCCACCGCUCAAAGCACCGGAGGAGCCGAUCGACCUAGACCGAAGCGACAGUUCGAUGGAUGAGAAAGCUUCCCGGCAUUACUAUCACCUGAACCUGAACGCCAUCGAUGUGACGAGCGUGUACUUCAAGAAUCUGCCGGCCGAUGUGCGGCACGAGAUUCUGAACGACAUCAAGGAAACGCGCAAACAAUCCUCCUGGGGACGGCUGCACGAGCUCCCGGUGCAGAGCGAUUCGUUUUCAUCCUUCCAAAUGAAACGCUUGCUUAAGCGGCGCCAGGUGCAGGUAGAGCUGGAGGAAGCGGAAAAGGAAAUGGGCGGUAAAUGCCUCUCGCUAACCGAGCUCGAAUCGCUGCUAAACGAGGAAGGCGUAGAAACGUCUUCCAACCGUGCGGCACAGAAAAUCGCAUCGGAUGAAAACACACGCUUUCUGCUGGUGCGAGACGUGCAGAAGGCGAUAGAGAAGGCGAAAGCCCGCGAAGAGGCUGAAAAGCUUGCACCGGCACCACCGAAAGUGCCCAAAAUUUCCAAAGAUGAAGUUUACAGCCAGCUGCAGGAGGAGGCAGACGAUAAAGAGAUGGACGAGGAUCUGCAGCUGGCCAUUAAAAUGUCGCUAAUGCAGGACGAAACGCCGCACGCCGUCAUUGAGCUGGACGAGGAUGAGUUGCGCAUGUCGCGCACGCAAAAGCGGUUGCUGGGAAACGCAGCACAAAGCUUGGCGCGCGGUUUUAUGCUCGAGUACGGUGGGCUUACGACGGAAGAGUUUAACGAGCUGCUGCACCAAACGCAGGACGUUGAUAGUGGGGACAUUAACGAAUCGAUGUCACAAAUGUUUGUCCCCAGCGAGGAGCCGUCCACUGUGGAACGGGAACGUGCGACUCUAACGGAAAUACGGGAAGAGCAAGAGAUGAUACUGGAAUCGAUCAAAGAGUCAGAAAAGAAGACAGAAGCAAAACCACCGUCAGAAGGGGCGGAAGAUAGCGACGCGGAAACCGAAUCCGACUCGGACUUUGUCGAUGUGCCGGAGGAUAAUUUGAACGAUUCGGUGACAGGAAUUUCACUUCCGCUGAACAGCACGAACCAUUUUAAACCGCACUACAAUCCGAUCGUAGACUUUACGAUCGAUGAUCUGCAACAGCUGUCCCAGGCAGGGUCCUCGAAGAAAAAGGAAGUGGUGCAGGUGGUCAUCAAGCCGGAAGAAAUAGGAGUGUGCGACCAGGACGAUAUAUUUGCGGACAUUUUCACCGUAAAGAAGGAGGCGCCUGAGACGCCAGUGAAGGAGAAGGGCGAAAAGGAAGUCAAUCGCCCGGAUGGACCGAAUGCACCGAUGAUUAGCAUACCGAAGAAGCAAGUGAAUGAAAUUAUGCAGGAGCAGCAUGAGAACAACAGCUCCGAUAGCGACAAACAGCCGUGUGUGGACGGUGCAGUAGCUCCGAAACCGUUUACCGGGUUAAAGAUAAAGAAGGUAGAAACUAUAAAUGCGCAGCUAAAGGAGGAGCUGGAAAAUCUGAAGAAAGCUCCGCCAGUGAUCGAUCUGGGGAGUAUACUUGGCCAGCCGGUUCUGCCCGUACCGGAUCCGGUUCUGCCCGGUACGGAUCUGAAAAGUAUUAGCGAAACGCUCAAGCAACAGCUGGAAGAGCUAAAAGCGAGUGCUAACGCAUUCAAAUUGGAUGAAAUUAAUCUGGAUGCUGUUGUGGCGAAUAGUGAAGAGCCCAAGGUUCAUAACGAGGAUGAGGAGAACGAUAGUGAGGCUACCAUUAUUUAUGAAGCUGAUUUAGAUGCGGAAAAAACACCCACCAAGCAGAUUGAGUCGCAGAAUGAUAAGAAAGAGGAAGCUAAAUCACCUUCAGCUGCAACCGAAGAUGAUGUAUUGAAGUCAAAAUCUCCCAUAACAACUAUUGGAUAUGAAGAAUCAUUAACGAAAUCUCCUUCAACGUCUAAAGAGGCAGAAGGAACCAACACAGCUUCUCCUGUGAUUGAAAUCAUCGACAGUCCUGUCAAGGCAGGUACGUUGGAGCAUUUAAUAAUAGCACGCACGCCCGGCAAGGACUCGCACAAAUCAACCGAAGCGGAGGAAUCGAUCCCCCGCGUGCCGAAACCCUUCUUCGUCAACAAAACACCUCCCUCGGCGAAGAAAGCAAACGCUGAAGAAGAUGCAGAACCAACGAAACAAACCACUCCCAGUAAGCCCGUUGCGAAAGAGCUGUUCCCUGCCGAACCGGUACCGUCUACAAGUAAACAGGCGCCACCUCCACCACCCGCACCGGAACCACAGCCCGUCCGGGCGGAAGAUCUCAUCACCGAAAUGGCCGACACGCUCAAGGAAGCACACACACCGCUCGAGCUAAAGCGCAUGGCGCUCAAUCUGGCCGAAACGGAGCGUGAGCUGGAGCGCGAACGGAACAAGCAGUCGCGCAUCGGCCUCUCGAUAACGGAGCAGAUGCGCCGGGACUGUAUGGAGCUGCUGCAGAUCUUCGGCGUACCGUUCAUCGUGGCGCCGAUGGAGGCGGAAGCGCAGUGUGCAUUCCUGAACCAGCUCGACAUGACGGACGGCACCAUCACGGACGACAGUGACAUCUGGCUGUUCGGCGGGAAGAAGGUGUACAAGAACUUCUUCAACCAGCAGAAGCUCGUGCUCGAGUUUACGAUCGAGGGUAUCGAGCAGAUGUUCCAGAUGGAUCGCAAAAAGCUCAUCCAGCUGGCACUGCUCGUCGGUAGCGAUUACACGACCGGCAUACACGGUAUCGGCGCGGUGACGGCGCUGGAAAUUCUGGCCUCCUUUCCACCGACACCCGAGCAGCCGGGCGAAACGUCCGAGAUGAUGUCGAUGCUGUCGGGGUUGCGCAAGUUCCGCGACUGGUGGCAUCACGGGCGCAACGGUGCAACCGGUACGCGCAUUUCGCUCAAAUCGAAGCUUAAGAACAUUGAAAUUGGGGAGGGUUUCCCGAGCACCGGGGUGGUCGAGGCGUACCUGCAGCCGACGGUAGACUGUAGCGAGGAGGAGUUCACCUGGGGCUACCCGGACGCUGACCGGUUGCGGGAUUAUGCGCGCCAAAAGUUUGGCUGGAGUCAAACGAAGACGAACGAUAUACUGUUGCCGGUGCUGAAGCGGUUGGAUGAGCGUAAAUCGCAAUCAUCGAUUAAGAACUACUUCAAGGUGCAGAGCGCUGUCGGGCACAACAGGCUGAAGGUGAGCAAGCGGGUACAGCACGCUGUGGAUACGAUGGCCGGGAAGAUCGACCCGGAGGAGGAAGCGAAACCGAAGAAGCGAAGUCCGGCGAAAGCAAAGCAGCCGGGUGGUCGUAAGCGGAAGCAACCUGCUGCCGCCAAGAAUGCGAUCGAGACAGUAGAUCUGGAGGUGAUUGAAGAGGAAGAGGAUGAAAAGAAAAAGGAGGAAUCUCCACAGGGGGCCGUUGCCGAAGAGGAUGAUGAUUUUGUUGAACCAGCAAAAACGACCCAAAAGGCUGGCCGUGGUGCUGGUCGGAAGAAAGCAAACGAGGCCGCAACCACAGGAACUGCGACCAAACCGAAGCGUGGUCGUAAAGCGGCAGCGAAAUCGACCACCAAUGACACACAGCAGCCAGAGGGAGGAGAGCCUUCCACCGUCCAGCGACCGACACAUUCGCUGGCGAAUAUUGGUGGAAUCAUUGCGAACAUUAACCAACAGUCGGCGGACAGUAUGGGGGUGCAAGAAUCGGUCGAAGGGCGACGAAAGCGAAUCGGUAACAAGAUGCCGGACUUUAAUCCGGCCAUACCGCAGCGCGUGAAGGAUGAGCAGAUCAUGGCGGAACGGAAGCGGCAGGCGGCCGAAUUGUUUAAGAAGCUGAAAGCGAAUGGUAAGAAGUGAAGGGUGAAGGGGGAGAGGGGGUGGGGGUAACUUGUACGAUGCGCGUGAUGUAAAGUUAUAGUUCCCGGGGUUUGGGAUUUUUUGCAUUCUUUCAAAAGCAAUUUCAAACAGUUCCAAUAAAUU